AUGCCCGUCGUCGUCGAGCCCACGCGGCGCUUCAAAUGCACCUAUAAAGACUGCAACAUGUCCUUCGACACAGAGAAGACCAUGAGAAACCACAAGAAGAACUCUGACGAACACGAAUACUGCGUCAAGUGUGAUGAGGACUUCGACUCCUACGAGGACUUUGCCAUGCACAAGGUGUCGCGUCCUUACGAGCACGGCAAAGCAUGUGGCAUCUGCGGUGACGAGUUCAAGAGCAAAGAAGGCCUGCAGCGCCAUAUCGAGAUUACUCACAAGGUCGAUCAAAAGCUCGUCUGCAUCGGCUGCAAGAAGGCUUACUACCGUGCAUGUCUCUUCAUCGAGCACUUGGAAUUUGGUCAUUGCAGCGUCAUCACAGCAUCACAGUUCCAAGGCCACGUUGUUCACAAGUAUCUCAUCACUGAGCUGUUGAACAACAACAGUGCAUUGGAGCGUUUCAGGCAGAAGACUUCAAAGUAUGAGGCGGCCGUUGACUACGAGGAAGAAGGUGGAAUCGAUCUUGACGAUGAUCCAUUGGACGACGACGGAGAGAUGGACAAAGUCAUGUUUAAAGCUAUGAAGCCCAAUACACCCGUAGAUGCACCGCCUACCUCUGCCUUUGUUGGUCAGUACCCGCCCUUGCCUAGUCAGGCUGCUGAGUUCGAGAUUGCGUCCAGCCUUGGUGGCAUGUCUCUGGAUGGCGACGACGUGUCCGAUACGUCCACAGUCAUUGGCUCCCAGACCGCUCUCUCUCGUGCAGAUUCAGCACGCAGUACCUACACUCCAAGAGGUUUCUCUGCCGCCGGAUCCAGUGUUGCUUCCGAUCGGGAGCCCAAGGUUUGGGGUGAUCGUAAGGGCAAGUCAACUAUUGCAAAGCUCUUCCCGAACGCUAAGCCCAAGCCUACACCCAGUGAGUUCUCCAUCAUUGCACAUGACGAAGCUAUGGAGCACGAACACGGCAUCAACAUUAUGCGCACACGCUUCUGGGAUCCUAUGAGCAGCGACUGGAACCCCGACAAGUUCUUUGACUCCUUCAUCAACAAGUACAACUGUCCCUUUGUCUGCGAACAAAAAUUCGACGCAGUCUGCGAUCUCAACGAGCAUAUCCUCGGAGACCAUCGUCUAGUUCGUACAAAGUGCCCGAAAUGCCUCAGAUACUUCAAGUCGGCCACGGCGCUCAUGGCACACUGCGAAGCUCGCGGCGCUCGUUGCAACGUCAACAAGUCGGGCGACUUCGGCACGUUCCUUGAUCGCAUGUCAGGUGGCUUUCUGGGUGUUGAGGAGAAGGUCCGUCCUGAGCACCUCAACACCCAGCCCUUGAUGCUGAGAAACGAGGAAACGGGUCAUAUGGAGCCGUAUCAGCCGGUUAUCGCUACUUAUCUACAGUACUCGGUCACCACACCCCCUGAUUGGAAGGAUCCUGUUCGUCCGUCUGUGCAGAUUGGCGGUAUCCCGGUCACGUCUUCAUGGUAG